AUGCCAAGCACAUUCAAUCCGUGGCCGAUUUUUUUCGAGCGAGAAUGGAACCGGAACUGGGCGUUCCUGGUUGGAUUCGCCAUAACCGGAACCCUCAUCGCCAAGUUCUCUCUUGGCCUCACUGAGGAAGAUGCUAAAACCUCACCUUUCGUUCAGAGGCUCAAGAGGUGA